AUGUGGAUGUGGAUACUUCCGGAGGAGCUAAUCGCCGGAAUACUUUCCCGACUGCCGGUCAAGUCUCUGUUACGUUUCCGGUGCAUUUCCAAAGCAUGGUUCGCUCUAAUCAAAGACCCAACUUUCAUCAACAUGCAUCUCCACAGCAACACAGAACGCACUCUCAUUAUGCAGACAACGAUGACAAGGAACCUUGAGGAUGAUCGGCGGCUAAAUUUAUAUUACUUCUUGGUAAACUUAUCGGACGAGGAUCAGCCCGUGGAGGUCUUCCCGCCGUUCUAUGAUCGACAUAUAUCCUCCUUCCCUGAAAUCAUCGGCUGUUGCAAUGGCUUGGUUUGCAUCCGCAGUUAUGAACAUAAAAGGACUGUGAUUUGGAACCCAUCAAUCAGAAAAUACAAGAAAUUACCCUCUGAGCCGACCUUGCUCGCUCCUCGUUGCCGUUCCUAUUUUGCAUUCCGCGGGAAAGAUUUUGCAUUUGGGUAUGAUCCAGUCAACAACGAUUACAAGGUUUUAAAGAUUGCGCAAUACUUUGAAAGUCAUGAAAGCAACGAAUUUGAAGUUAACGUAUAUAGUUUGAAAGCACAUUCGUGGAGAAGAGUAGAAGACGAAUGGCCUUACAAGCACUUGGAUGUAAUUUCUUCGGGGCCGGUUUAUUUGAACGGUGCUUUCCGAUGGUUGGUUAAGACUCAGGCUGAGGAAUCCGCCUUGUCGCAUUCAAUAUCACCGCCGAGAAAUUCCAAGAGCAAACGCUUCCGGUUGAAGUCGAACCAAAUUAAAAUCGUCAUGCCUUCAUGGUUAUUGGGCCUCAUCCUCAUGGCUGCAACAAGGUCUGGACAGGGACUUGUGUGGAAAGCCUCUUCCUCCUUGAUGGUGAUAAUGUCGAUCUUGGAAUUGCUUAAGAAGGGCUUAAUCAGUGAAGAAUCGUAG